AUGUCAACCUCAAUCCAGAUUAUUCACAUCCACUACAAAACCAAGUCCCUCUUACUCCUGGAUUCGGACAACAAAACACCUCUGUACACUGUGAAAGUGUGCCGGGAAACACCCCAAAUGCAACUGGCCCAUCUAAACAGGUCACCAAAUUCUGCUCAUAGCAAUGUCGGUUUCUGUACUGCAUCCUUCAAGGUGCUCAGCAUGGACGUCAAACUCUCUCUGCAUGGCCAUGACGUCCAUCUUCGACGUCCAACCGCUUUCACACGCACGUAUGGGUUUGACAGCAUUGCACUUCAAGGAAGAACCCUACACUGGGAACCCGACGGUGCAUUGACGGGUGAUUUUAAGCUCGUGGAUCAGGACAGUAGUCAGGUACUCUCUCGAUUUAGGAAUAGGCUCUGGACUGUUGAGGAGGUUGGGUCGUUUGAGAUGGUCGGGAAUUUAUCAGAGACUUUAAAGGAGGAGAUUUUUAUCAGCGGAUUGGCAGUCCUUGUUAUGGUGCAGAGCUUGAAAUUGGCUGGCAUGGUUUUGAUGGGGAGUGCUUGA